AUGCCAUCUGCCAAGCAGCUAGCUUAUAUUGGCUACAAGACCUCUGCCUCGAUGAUGCUCUUCAUCACUGUGUAUGGGGGUUACCUCUGCAGUGUAACAGUACGAGCCUACUGUUAUCUCCAGCUGCGCAGUGCCAGGCGCCAGGCCACAGAAGAGCAGCAGACCUCAGGAGUCCUGAGGCAUGAAACAGAAAAGACUUCCCUGCAAGAACUAGGCCACGAUGCCUUUCAGACCCGCUGGGCUAAAAAGCCAUGGUUUCUGUGGUACUGCUGGCUUGUGCUGUUUUGACAGUUUUGGAGGCCAUCAAAUAAAUGGA